UAAACACAUGGACCCAGAACUUGGACCCAGAGACCCAGAACAUGGACACAGAGACCCAGAACAUGGACACAGAGACCCAGAACAUGGACACAGAGACCCAGAACAUGGACCCAGAGACACAGAACAUGGACCCAGAGACACAGAGACCCAGAACAUGGACCCAGAGACCCAGAACAUGGACCCAGAGACCCAGAACAUGGACCCAGAGACCCAGAACAUGGACCCAGAGAACCAGAACAUGGACCCAGAGAACCAGAACAUGGACACAUGGACCCAGAACAUGGACCCAGAGACACAGAACAUGGACCCAGAGACACAGAGACCCAGAACAUGGACCCAGAGAACUAGAACAUGGACCCAGAGAACCAGAACAUGGCCCCAGAGACACACAGACCCAGAACAUGGACCCAGAGACACAGAACAUGGACACAGAGACCCAGAACAUGGACCCAGAGAACCAGAACAUGGACCCAGAGAACCAGAACAUGGACACAUGGACCCAGAACUAAAUCGUGCAGAUGUGAGUUAA